GCGCGUAGUAAUGACGUAUCAGACAUGCGACGGCUAGUUUGCCAAAACGAAAAUUCUAAACGACACACGUUUAACAUUUUGAAAAAUGUCUUUUCUCGAUGAUGAAUCCUCGGAUGAGCGACUGGCCGGUGAAACGAAGUUGGAGGGUUUCCUUUUCAACUGUGAGCUGUCCUCCAAAGUGCCUUUUUACACUUUCCAAGGCGAUGAAGAGGAAGAUUUGGAACACUUCUUGGAAUUGAGAACAGUUUGCCUUGGGGAGGGUGCAAAGGAGGAAAACAAUGUGGUGGAAGUCACAGCCAUGAACCAUCAAGGGAAGACCAUCUCAGUGCCCAUUGCCAACCUUCACAUCAGCUGCCUGCCAAUGGUUAGUCUGGCAGAGUUUGAGCUGAAAGCCCCAAUAACCAUCCGGCUCAAGUCUGGGACAGGGCCAGUCACUAUCAGCGGGUUACACCUGAUUGCCUCACAAGUCGAAGAGUCAGAUCUGUCCGACGAGGAGGAAGAGGAGGACGAUGAUGACGAGGAGGAGGAAGAGAUUGUCCCCAUCAAACCAGCAAAGAAAAAGAAGCAGCAGCAGCUGUGAGCAGCUGGCGGUCACCUUUUUAACAAAUGUGUUUUUGUACUAUGUGGAGACUUUUUACAGCGUUCCUACUUCUUUCACGCGGCCCACUGGAUGGUCAGCGUGGUCACAGUUGAUUGUUGGCUGGCCUGGAAUAUAAACACUAUGACUGGAGCGCUGUGUCAUCGUGUAGAUAUUCUCACUUCUUCACCCCUCAGUUUCCUGCUGUGAACUUUCCAUCUUGGCAGCAUGUUAACUGUGGAUGUUCUGUUGCAGAAGAACUGUUUGCUGUUAAAAUGUCGUCAAUGUUUUCUAUGACGCAGCAAUUACUGAAUGCAGAUUUGCAAUGGUGGGCACAGGUAACCAAAAAGUUAGCUUCGAUAACAGUUAAUCCGCUAACUGAAAAGUUAUCUUUUGUAAAGCUAAACCGAUAAACCCCUAAAAAAUUUGGCUGAAGUCACACAUAAAAGCUAAACCGAUAACUUUCAGUAUUGAUUUCAGUACACUAGGAGCUACUGACACCGCAACGAGCCAGUGCUUCUGUGUUAGAUUAGCUUUCUCUCAGCAAAAGACACCUAGUGACUGAGGCGGAGAAGGAAAAGUAAAGACAAUUUCUUUACACCAUAAUGACUCACCAGCAUAUCACGCCAGUCAUCAACAGACAUAUGGUUAAAAUUUUAACUAAUUCCAGACAAGUUAUUUAAUUUAACAUCACAUCUGGCGUUUUAUAAAGUGAAAAUAUUGGCUAUAUGUUUUAGUUUUAAAGUAAUGCACUAAUUUUGAAGGUUUUAGAGAUUGGGCCACAUAUGCUACAGUGCAUUAUGUGUAACGUUUCACGACAGGACAAAUGCAUUGAGGCACUCUGAUGAGGCUGCACUUUAACCGCUGUGCACGGACAACAGCAUUAAUCUCUUUGUAUAAUGUGCCUAAAACGC